AUGCCCAUAUAUUUCACGUCAUCCGACUCCGAAUGGCAGAGAACGGACUACGAGGACAAGGGGGCGGAGCUCUCCUUCCAAGGAGCCGAAUUGCAGAGGCAACCAUUGAAGAUGGACCAGGAGGGGAGGACGGACGGCGGUGCGACUUCUGCCGCCAAUCUUAUGGUGCCCACGGAACUAACAACACCAAACCUGAUCGAAGCAUACUCAGGCGACAAAGUGGAUACCUUCGACCAGGACAGCCGCAGGGGUGACACCUCUCCCCCCACCAACCCACAAAAGCAGCAGACGCACCGAAACCGGGACAAGCACCGGUGCCGCUUCUGUCCUUACUCAUGUCCUUCUGCAGCGGGUAUCGCCAUCCACGAGAGGACUCACACUGGAGAGAGGCCCUUCAGUUGCGAUGUUUGCGAGAAAACGUUCGCGCGUAAGGCUAACUUGAUGGCUCACGUUAGAACUCACACCGGAGAGAAGCCGUUCAAGUGCAACACGUGCAGCAGGGCCUUUGCUCAGAGACCCAACUUGGCGGUUCAUGAGAAGAUUCACACCGGAGAGAAGCCGUUCAAGUGCAACACGUGCUGCAGAGCGUUCACUCAGAAAACCGAUUUGGCGAAUCAUGAGAGGACUCACACGGGAGAGAAGCCGUUCAAGUGCAACACGUGUAGCAGGGCGUUUAAUCAGAAACGCAACUUGGUGGUUCAUGAGAAGAUUCACACCGGAGAGAAGCCGUACAGGUGCAACACGUGCAGCAGGGCGUUCACUCAGAAAACUCGCUUGGCGAAUCAUAAGAGGACUCACACCGGAGAGGAGCCGUUCAAGUGCGAGACCUGCAGUAGAGCGUUCGCGGCUCAUAACAAUUUACACGCUCAUCGGAAGAUACAUCGCAAGUUAUCGAAACAGCAGCGUGCAUUGUAG